AUGUCCUUGAGCCCAAAGCACUCCACCCUCUCAGUCUCAGACAUCUUGAGCCCCAUGGAGGACAGCUACCGCAGGUUCGGAGGGAUGGAGCCCGUCCGGGCCGGGGCCGGGGCCGGAGCCUCCCCGCUGGGCGCGUACCGGCAGCCGCAGGUCUCCCAGCCCGGUAUGCAGCACCCCGCAGCAGGCGCCCCGCCGCCGCAGCAGCAUCAGCAUCAGCAUCACCAGCCGCCUCCUCACCUCCACCACCCACACCACCACCACCACCACCACCUGUCCUCAUCCUCCUCUUCAUCCUCAUCCUCCUCUUCCUCAGCCUCGGCGGCGGCAGCGGCGGCGGCCGCGGCCGCGCUGGCGCCGGGCGGCCCGUACCACGUGUCCCACGGAGUGCCGCAGUUCUCCGGGGCCGUCGGCGGCUUCUGCAACGGCGGCAUCGGGAACGUGGGAGACCUGCCGUCCUACCAGGACACGGUGCGGAGCGGCGGGGCGGCGGCGGCGUGGUACGGAAACCCGGAGCCCCGAUACCCGACCAUCUCCAGGUUCAUGGGCCCGUCCGGCGGGAUGAGUCCCGGGAUGAUGGGCGGCCUGGCCGGGAUGGACUCCGCCGCCAAGUCCAUGGUGACGCUGCACGCGGCGCCGCGCAGGAAGCGGCGCGUGCUCUUCUCGCAGGCGCAGGUGUACGAGCUGGAGCGGCGCUUCAAGCAGCAGAAGUACCUGUCCGCGCCGGAGCGCGAGCACCUGGCGGGCCUGAUCCACCUCACCCCGAACCAGGUGAAGAUCUGGUUCCAGAACCACCGCUAGCUGAAGCGCCAGGCCAAGGACAAGGUGGCGCAGCAGCUGCAGCAGGACGGAGGUGGAGGAGGAGGAGGAGGAGGGGGAGGAGGGGGUGGGGGGCUGUGCGCCACCUCCCGCAGAGCCUCCUCCGUGUCUCCGGUCCUCUCUAAGAACGGUAAAAGCUGCCGGAGCGACACCGGCGGGUCAAACCACGGCGGGACGCGGCAGGCGGAGGCCCUGACGGGGGCCGCGCAGCAGCAACAGCAGCAGCCGCAGGUGAACCAGCUGUCGUCCACGGAGGAUCUGGAGGAUUUAUCCCCGAGCCCGCCGCUCGGCCUGCACGGCCACAUCAACAUGGCGCAGACGGACGCGGCGCUCAUCGAGUACACCAACAGCAUGAUCGGCUCCAACUUACUGUACGGGAGGACUUGGUAG